AUGCACACAGAGAAAUGGAUUGAUAAGGCAUGGAGGAAGAUGCACACAGAGAAAUGGAUUGAUAAGGCGUGGAGGAAGAUGCACACAGAUAAAUGGAUUGAUAAGGCGUGGAGGAAGAUGCACACAAAGAAAUGGAUUGAUAAGGCGUGGAGGAAGAUGCACACAGAGAAAUGGAUUGAUAAGGCGUGGAGGAAGAUGCACACAGAGAAAUGGAUUGAUAAGGCGUGGAGGAAGAUGCACACAGAGAAAUGGAUUGAUAAGGCGUGGAGGAAGAUGCACACAGAGAAAUGGAUUGAUAAGGCGUGGGGGAAGAUGCACACAGAGAAAUGGAUUGAUAAGGCGUGGAGGAAGAUGCACACAGAGAAAUGGAUUGAUAAGGCGUGGAGGAAGAUGCACACAGAGAAAUGGAUUGAUAAGGCGUGGAGGAAGAUGCACACAGAGAAAUGGAUUGAUAAGGCAUGGAGGAAGAUGCACACAGAGAAAUGGAUUGAUAAGGCGUGGAGGAAGAUGCACAACGGUAUCUCCAGUUCAGCUGAGGAGACCUCUGUCGUAGGUACCUCCAGUUCAGCUGAGGAGACCUCUCAGUCGCAGGUACCUCCAGUUCAGCUGAGGAGACCUCUCAGUCGCAGGUACCUCCAGUUCAGCAGAGGAGACCUCUCAGUCGCAGUUCAGCAGAGGAGACCUCUCUGUCGUAGGUACCUCCAGUUCAGCAGAGGAGACCUCUCAGUCGUAGGUAUCUCCAGUUCAGCUGAGGAGACCUCUCAGUCGCAGCUAUGUCCUCUCAUACAUGUUCCUCUCUCUGUCCUCUCUCCAGGCUGCGGGCUAGAGUUCCUGCUGGUUCUCUGUGGUCUGGAGCUUUCCUGGUCCUGCCCACACCACUGUAUCUGCUACACCGCGCCCAGUACCGUCAGCUGCCAGGCACACAACUUUCUGUCCAUCCCCGAAGGCAUUCCCCCACACAGCGAGCGUAUCUUCCUACAGAACAACAAGAUCCACCGGCUGCUGCAGGGCCACUUCAGCCCCACCACGGUCACACUGUGGAUCUACUCCAACAACAUCACCUACAUCGAGCCCUCCACCUUCCACGGCUUUGCCCAGCUGGAGGAGCUGGACCUGGGGGACAACCGUCACCUGCGUUCCCUGGCUGCAGACACCUUCCAUGGGCUGAGCCGGCUCCAUGCUCUGCACCUGUACCGCUGUGGGCUCAGUGCGCUGCCCAGUAACAUCUUCCAGGGGCUACGCAACCUGCAGUAUCUGUACCUACAGGAUAAUCACCUGGAGUUCCUGCAGCAUGACAUAUUUGUGGACCUCCACAACCUGAGCCACCUGUUCCUGCAUGGGAACCGUCUGUGGUCGCUGCACCAGAACACCUUCCGGGGGCUGGGGGCCCUGGACCGCCUGCUGCUGCACCACAACCAGCUGCAGUGGGUGGACCGCCUGGCCUUCCACGACCUGCGUCGCCUCACCACCCUCUACCUGUUUAACAACUCACUGACCGAGCUGUCUGGAGACUGCCUGGCACUACUGCCUGCCCUGGAGUACCUGCGCCUCAACGACAACCCCUGGGAGUGUGACUGCAAGGCCCUGUCGCUGUGGGACUGGCUCAAACGCUUCAGAGGUUCUACUUCGUCUGUAGGCUGUCAGGCCCCGGCCGAGCUGGCUGGGAAAGACCUCAAGCAGCUCCGCAAGGAGGACUUCCCCAACUGCUCUGGCUCUGAGUCCCUGCACCAGAGCAAGACCUGGGCCGGGACUGAUAAGGUGUCUCUGAAGAAGGAGCCGGACCCGGUGCCACCGCCUCACUCCCACCCCCACCGUCCUCACCACAAUGAGGCGCCACACUACCCCUCGCCGCCUUCGCCUCUGCCCCAUCCGCCCCCAUCCAUAAGCGGGGAGGCCCCGGGAUCAGAGGGACAGCCUGGGGUUGCGCCCCCUCAGAAGCCAGGCCGUGCUCGGAACUGCACCCGCCAGCGUGUCAGGGGAGGCAAGGGGAAGGGGCAGAACGAGGUGCAUACCUUAAAGGAGAUGGCCGAUAAAGAAUAUUCCUUGCCUGAUUUUGAAGGGGGAAAAUAUGACCACACGUCCCCGGAUGGCACCAUCACGCGGAGGAAGCAUAAGUGCCCUCCCCGGACCACUGUUCGCCCCCCUAGUGGGGUGCAACAAGCCACCAAUAGGGCCAUGUUCUCCCAGCCCUUAGUGCAUCUCAGUACCAUACUGGGAGCUUUGUUGCCCGUGACCAUUGUCCAUAUUCUCCGCUGA